AUCAUCCUAGGCACUCAUUUUUGGAUACUGCUCUAAGCAUACACAGACACUGCAAAAAGAAGAGGUUGCCGUAGCAUAAUAACUCACAGAAACACUUCAAGAUGACCAAGCAACCAGAAAACGAAGACAGCAGCAAGUUCCUUUUCCUUGACAAUGACUUCAAAAACAGCGGGGUGGCCCAGGCCGAUUGGACAACCAAAAAGAUGGUGUGGAUACCUUCAGAAAGGGAAGGUUUCCAGUCAGCCAGCAUCAAAGAAGAGACGGGGAAUGAGGUGGUGGUUGAGCUCGACAACGGCCAGAAGGUGACCGUCAGCAAAGAUGAAAUCCAGAAAAUGAACCCACCCAAGUUCAACAAGGUUGAAGACAUGGCUGCACUGACCUGUCUGAAUGAGGCCUCAGUGCUGCACAACCUCAGGGAGAGGUAUUUCUCAGGUCUCAUUUAUACUUACUCAGGCCUCUUCUGUGUGGUGGUGAAUCCCUAUAAGUUCUUGCCCAUCUACUCUGAGAAGAUCAUUGAGAUGUACAAGGGGAAGAAGCGUCAUGAGGUUCCUCCCCACAUCUAUGCCGUCACUGAUAAUGCCUAUAGGAACAUGCUGCAAGAGCGUGAAGACCAGUCUAUUCUCUGCACUGGUGAGUCAGGUGCAGGAAAAACAGAAAACACCAAGAAAGUAAUCCAGUACCUUGCAGUUGUGGCAUCAUCACACAAAGGGAAGAAAGAUGCUGGAUCUCAACAAAAAGGACCCCAGUUAGCAUUUGGUGAGCUAGAGAAGCAGCUCCUGCAGGCCAAUCCUAUUCUGGAGGCAUUUGGCAAUGCAAAGACCAUCAAAAAUGAUAAUUCCUCAAGAUUCGGUAAAUUUAUUAAAAUCAACUUUGACAACACUGGCUACAUCGUUGGAGCAAACAUUGAAACCUACCUUCUGGAGAAGUCUCGGUGUAUCCGACAGGCCAAAAUCGAGAGAUCCUUCCACAUCUUCUACUACAUGGUGGCUGGAGCCAAAGACAAAAUGCGAGACGAGCUCUUGCUAGAGGACUUUGGUAACUACCGUUUCCUGGUGGCUGGGCAUGUGCAGGUACAAAACCAGCAAGAUGAUGAGAUGUUUGAAGAGACUCUGGAAGCCAUGGAGGUCCUGGGCUUCAACGAGGAGGAAAGAAUUGGCAUGUUUAAAUUAUGUUCAACUGUGCUUCAACUGGGGAACAUUGAGUUCAAAGCAGAGAAAAACCAGGAACAGGCCAGCAUGCCAGAUAACACAGCUGCGCAGAAAGUGUGCCAUCUGCAGGGGAUUAAUGUGACUGACUUCACCAAAGCUAUUCUCACUCCUCGCAUCAAAGUAGGCCGAGAGCUGGUACAGAAGGCACAGACCAAAGAACAGGCUGACUUUGCAGUUGAAGCCUUGGCCAAGGCUAUGUAUGAUCGUCUGUUUCGCUGGAUCUUGGCACGUGUCAACAAGGCUCUAGAUAAGACAAAGCGUCAGGGAGCCUCUUUUCUGGGCAUCUUAGACAUUGCUGGGUUUGAGAUUUUUGAGGAUAACUCAUUUGAGCAGCUGUGCAUCAACUACACCAAUGAGAAACUGCAACAGCUCUUCAAUCACACUAUGUUCAUCCUGGAGCAGGAGGAGUACAAGAAGGAAGGCAUCGAGUGGAACUUUAUUGACUUUGGUCUGGACCUCCAACCCUGCAUUGAGCUCAUUGAGAGACCGAACAAUCCUCCAGGUAUCCUAGCUCUGCUAGAUGAGGAGUGCUGGUUUCCAAAGGCAACGGAUGUUUCCUUUGUCGAAAAACUCACAAACACUCACUCAAGCCACUGCAAAUUCUCUAAACCUAAGAAUUUAAAGGAGAAGACUUUCUUCACUGUGCAACACUAUGCUGGCAAGGUGGAUUAUAAUGCCACAUCUUGGUUGACUAAAAACAUGGACCCACUCAAUGACAAUGUCACAGCCCUGCUGUGUAACUCUUCCAGUGCUUUUGUUCAGGACAUCUGGAAAGAUGCGGACCGUGUGGUGGGUUUGGAAACCAUGGCUAAAAUGGCUAAGUCUGAAAGCGCAGCUCCUACUGCUUCCAAGUCCAAGAAAGGCAUGUUCCGCACCGUAGGACAGCUGUACAAAGAGUCUCUUGGCAAGCUCAUGACGACUCUCCAUAACACUCAACCAAACUUUGUACGGUGCAUCAUUCCCAACCAUGAAAAAAGGUCUGGCAAGAUAGCUGCCCAGCUGGUUCUUGAGCAGCUGCGCUGUAAUGGUGUACUGGAAGGAAUCCGCAUCUGUCGCCAGGGCUUCCCCAAUCGCAUCGUCUUUCACGAGUUCCGCCAGCGCUAUGAGAUCCUUGCUGCUGGGUCUAUUCCUAAAGGAUUCAUGGAUGGAAAACAAGCCUGUACACUUAUGAUCAAACAUCUAGACUUGGACCCCAACCUGUACCGGAUUGGUCUGAGCAAGAUAUUUUUCCGCACAGGAGUGUUGGCACAGCUGGAGGAAGAACGUGACCUGAAACUAACUGAUAUCAUAAUUGCCUUCCAGGCCCAGGCCCGUGGCUUUCUUAGCAGAAAGGCAUUCAGCAAAAAACAGAAGCAGCUGACAGCCAUGAAAGUGAUUCAGAGGAACUGCGCUGUUUAUCUGACACUUAAGAACUGGCAGUGGUGGAGACUUUUCACUAAAGUAAAACCCCUGCUUCAGGUGACUCGUCAAGAAGAGGAGAUGAAUCAAAAGGAGGAGGAGCUUCAGCAAGCCAAAGAAAUUGCCCAGAAGUCUGAAGCUGAACUUAAGGAGAUUACACAGAAACACAACCAGGUGUUAGAGGAGAGAAACCAGCUACAAGCCAAACUACAGGAGGAGGCAGAGCUGUAUGCAGAGUCUGAGGAGGUGAGGAUACGGCUGGAGGCCAAGAAGCAAGAGCUGGAGGAAGUGCUGCAUGAGAUGGAGGCUCGACUCGAGGAGGAGGAGGAGCGAAGCCAGGUCUUUCAGCAAGAGAAGGCGAAUCUACAACAACAACUCAAGGAUUUAGAGAAACAUUUAGUAGAAGAAGAAAAUGCCAGACAGAAGCUUCAACUGGAAAGUGGGACUGCAGAUGGGAAGAUUAAGAAACUUGAGGAAGAUCUUUUCAUGGUGGAAGAUCAAAACUGCAAGUUGCAGAAGGAGAAGCAACAGUUAGAGGAGCGGCUAGCUGACUUUUGCUCCAACCUUGCUGAAGAGGAAGAGAAAUCGAAAAACUUGACUAAACUGAAGGCUAAACAUGAAUCUAUGAUUUCAGAUCUUGAAGUUCGAAUGAAAAAGGAAGAGAAAAGUCGGCAGGAUGUCGAGAAAGCUAAACGUAAACUGGAAACUGAAUAUAAUGAUGUACAGGAACAACUAAAGGACACACAGACCCAGAUAACAGAACUCAAGACACAACAAGCCAGAAGUGAAGUGGAGAUUCAGGAGCUUCAGGCAUGCAUAGAGAAAGAAUCCGCUCAGAAGAGCAAUGCUCUGAAAAAGAUACAGGAAAUGGAUGGGCUAGUCUCAGAGCUUCAAGAUGAGCUUGACGCUGAGCGGCAGACUUGCAGAAAAUCAGAAAAAGCCAGAAAGGAGCUGGAAGAAGAGCUGUCGGCUCUGAGGACUGAACUGGAGGACUCACUAGACACCACAGCAGCACAACAAGAGCUACGGGCUAAGAGAGAACAGGAGGUGGCAAUGCUGAAGAAGCUGAUAGAAGAUGAAGGCCGAAGCCAUGAGGCUCAAGUGAAUGAGAUAAAACAAAAACAUGCUCAGUCUGUAAAUGAACUUGGUGAACAGCUAGAGCAAACCAAACGGGCCAAGGCCAAUCUGGAGAAGGCGAAACAGGCCUUGGAGAAGGAGGUUGUAGACAUGAAUGGAGACCUUCGCUCACUGAGUAAUGCCAAGCAAGAUGUGGAACAGAAGAAGAAAAAGGUGGAGACCCAGCUUGCUGACCUUCAGACUCGCUUCAGUGAGAGCGAAAAGAAGAGAGAAGAGCUUGGAGAUGCAGUGGCUAAACUGACUAUGGAGUAUAACAAUGUGAAUAGCAUCCUCAAUGAAGCAGAGAGCAAGAACAUCAAGCUGAGUAAAGAUUUUGCUAGUCUCAACUCGCAGCUCCAGGAUACACAGGAGUUACUUGCUGAGGAGACCCGUCAAAAACUUAAUUUUUCCACUCGGCUACGUCAAAUGGAAGAUGAACGAAAUAGUCUGCUGGAACAAAUAGAAGAAGAGGCAGAAGCCCGAAGGAAUGUGGAGAGACAGGCCUCCAGCCUUACCACACAGUUGUCAGAUGCAAAGAAGAAGCUGGAUGAGUACUCCAGCAAUUUCCAAAUGCUUGAAGAAAGCAAGAGACGUCUACAGAGGGAUCUGGAAGCCACAAUUGGAGAGCUUGAGGAGAAAGCUGCAGCCUAUGACAAGCUAGAGAAGACCAAGAAUCAUCUUCAGCAAGAGUUAGAGGAUGUGCUGAUGGACCUAGACAACCAGAGACAGCUGGUUUCAAAUCUGGAGAAGAAACAACGGAAAUUUGACCAGAUGCUUGCUGAUGAGAAGACCAUCUCCAGCAAGUAUGCUCAGGAGCGUGACUGCGCAGAGGCAGAGGCGCGGGAGAAAGAGACCAAAUGUUUGGCCCUCACCCGAACACUUGAAGAAUCCCAGGGUUCUUUACGAGAGUUAGAGAAACUCAAUAAGACACUUCGCACGGAGAUGGAAGAUCUGAUCAGUUCAAAGGACGACGUGGGCAGAAAUGUCCAUGAGCUGGAGAAGGCAAAACGUGGAUUGGAGGCUCGAGUGGAAGAGAUGGCAAUUCAAAUGGAGGAACUUGAGGAUGAAUUACAGACUGCAGAGGACUCUAAACUCCAUCUGGAAGUCAAUAUGCAGGCCCUCAAAGUCCAGUUUCAAAGAGACCUGCAGGUCAGAGAGGAGCAAAAUGAAGAGAAGAGGAAACAACUGCUCAAGCAGGUACGUGAGCUUGAGACUGAGCUAGAAGAUGAGCAGAAAAUGAGAACUUCAUUGGCAGCUGCCAAGAAGAAACUUGAGGGGGAUUUGCAGGACCUUGAAGACCAAAUUGAUGCAAUCAGUAGGGCGAGGGAUGAGGCCAUUAAACAGCUCCGCAAGACUCAGAUGCAGAUGAAAGAUUCCCAGAGGGAGCUGGAAGAUGCGAGAGCAUCCCAGAAGGAGGUUCUUUCCGAAGCUAGAGAUUCUGAGAGAAAGGCCAGAGCCAUGGAGGCAGAAAUCUUACACCUACAGGAGGAACUGGCGACAGCAGAGAGAGCCCGCAAACAGGCUGAGCGAGAGAGAGAUGACAUAGCAGGGGAGAUGGCAAGUGGCUCAUUUGGAAAAUCUGGCAUGUCUGAUGAGAGGCGUCGCCUGGAAGCCAAAAUUCAACAGCUGGAAGAGGAACUUGACGAGGAACAGGCAAACACGGAGACGCUCAAUGACAGACUGCGGAGAAGCGUGCAGGAGGUGGAUCAGCUGACCAGUGAGCUUCAUGUCGAACGCUCCAAUGCUCAGAGGAUGGAGAGUGGCUGGCAGCAAAUGGAGAGGCAGAACAAAGAACUGAGGGCCAAGCUGCUGGAGAUGGAGGGACAGGUCAAGUCCAAGCAACGGGCCUCUGCAGCUGCACUAGAGACCAAGUUACAACAAAUGGAGGACCAAGUGGACCAUGAGAGCAGGGAGAGACAAGCUAUUGCCAAGGCCAUGCGUCAGAAAGACAAGAAACUAAAGGAACUGAUGAUUCAGAUAGAGGAUGAACGAAAACAUACUGAGCAAUUUAAGGAUCAGGCUGAAAAAGCAAAUCUGCGAGCAAGACAGCUUAAGUUGCAGGUUGAAGAAAGUGACGAGGAGUCUCAGCGUGCCACUGCUGCCCGUCGUAAACUUCAAAAAGAGCUGAACGAGGCCACCGAGGCCAAUGACGCCCUGAUCCGAGAAGUGUCUUCACUCAGGAACAAACUCAGGCGUGGCAGUGACUCAUCUUUCAGCAGUCCAUUAAGGCGUAGUGCAGGGGGGAGCUUUAGAAGAACACGCAGGAGCAUGAUAGAAACAUCUGAGGUCCCAGAAGAUGGAGGUCCUGCUACUCCUGUGUAUCGACCUGAGGCACCUCAGAUCGAGCCAAUCAAUGGCACCAAGGAUGACAACUAAAGAAUUCAUUCCCAAAGCCUUUCACUUUUCUGAAUGAUAAUUUAUGCUUAUUUAAUCUUGACUAUCUCCUAAAGCGAGGUUUGGUGUUUAUUUCUGUUCUUCACUGACUCUAACAGUUGACUAAUUCUAAUGGGAUUUUUCUACUCAGAAAGUGCAAGGGUACCUCCAUGGUUUUUGGACAUGUACUUAAUACCAUGUUUAAUCAACAAAGUGGCAUAGUAUAUACACAA